CACCCCACCCCUCACUUAUGCCUCAUGUUCAACUUCAUUCUUUUCUUUCUCUAUCUCUCCCUGUCCCUUGCAAUACAAAGUGCCUUUCAUUGUAAUCCAAAAACCCAACUCCUCUGUUCUUCCUCUGCCUCUCCCUUUCAAAACAGCAGCCUUUUCCUCUGUUCUUCCUCUGCCUCCAUUUUUAUAAACCUUCUUGCCUUUCAUUUCAAAGAUUCAAAGCAUAAGCUAUUGUCAUGGCAACAAUUGUGUGCCAAGGCUUGCAGUCAUGCCUAGACUCCCAUCUUGUUGAGCCAAUUAGGACAGUGAGGCUCAAAAUGUCUUCAGCAAAACCACACUUCUCUCAACCCCUUGAACUUGACUUAAAAUCUUGUUUUUUGGAUUCCAACACCAAAGAACUUGGAGACAACAAGCGCCAUAAUAGUAACAUUGAAGAAAUCAGCUCCAACAAGCCCUAUACUCCCAUAGACAACAAAACCUCCUCAAAUCCUGACUUGGGUGGUUGGAGUUUCCUCCAAUCUCUCGGUACUACCUCAUUACAAGGUCCCAAAGUGGAAAAAGAAAACACCACCUAUGUCCAUCCUCUAGCGAAAAGGUCUUGGUCCACGCUUAGUGAAAAGAGCUUGGAAUUAUGCACCGAGAAUUUAGGCAACGAGACAGGCACAGACAUCAAUGAAAGCAGCAUUUUCUCAUUGCCGUCAUGGGAUUCAUCAAACUCAAAGAGCGGGAAUUCGCAACAAAAAUCACGUCAACUUUUUGGAGCAAAGUCUAGGAAAGCGAAUCCUCUUAAUUUUCCACCUCCUUUGACAACGAUAAGCGGCAUGGAAUCUCUGCGAUUUAGGCCCCACCGUGAAGAUGGGCGGCUGAUAAUCAAAGCUGUCAAGGCGCCAGCUAAACACACAUGUUUUCAAGCCGAACGAAGCCAUGGCCGCCUUCGAUUAUGCUUGUUGAAAACUUGUCCCACUCCCAGUACUACUAAUGUUGACAUGUUAGAAAAAGUAGCCAAUGAUUUAGCUAGUGAAGUGGAAUAUGGAAAAGAUGGACUUGAAAAUGACGUGACCAAUGAAGAAAAUACACAACAUGUGGAAGAAGAAGAAGAAGAAGAAGAAGACGAAGAAGAAGAAGAAAAAGAAGCAGUAGUAGUUGAAGAAAAUGAAGCAAAUGAUGUUGAAGAAAUUAAGGAUGUGUACUUGGGUGGUGAAGAGAAAGAUGAUAAUAAUGUGAAUGAUGGUUAUUGUGAGGCUGAUAUGGGAAUAGAAAAGUUUGAGAGGCAAAGAAUGUGCAAAGUAGGUGAGCAUCAUCAGCAUGAUAAGAAAAGAUUGUUAACUUGGAAGCCAUUGUUGGUGGCUACAUCCUAAACUUAAAGCUUCAUUUUGGACCUCUCUUUAUCUACCUAGCUAUUAGCAAUAUUACUAGAUUCCACAAUUUUGUGUUUUGUCCGAUUGCCUUUUUUGUCUCUCUUUUGCUUCAUGAAUUCACAUAUUUCCUUAA